AUGUCAGGCUGGAUCCUCAUACCCUCGGUGCUGGUACCGCUGAUCAUUGUGGGUGCAGUAGCAUCGCGUUUCUUUGGCGCCAACAAACAGAGUGGCUACACGGGCAAAUACGACCCCAAGACAGGACUUGGCCGAGGUGCUCCUGGCUUUCAAACAGGCGUUAAGCGUAUGGCGGUGACACCAGAGAUUGCUGCAAGGAUGCGAGCAGGAGAGCAAGUGUCAGCCGAAGAGAUCGAAGCAGCCAUCGCAAAAGCACAGUCGGCGAAUCAAGCCAAUUCGACGGCGGUACGUAACCCUAACGUUGAUCAGGACUGGCUGCCACAAGGUAGAAGCAGUCCUGCUGGCAAGAAGGGUAAUAAGAGACGCUGA